UGUCAGCUCAGUGUCAGAGUGUGACACUUCUCUGAGACAGAAAUGGCUUUCCUCAGUCUUUUAACUUCUAGAAACUUACUUAGUCACCUUUUCCACUCUGCCCUCACAGGUGGGCUUCUUUUUCUUUGUCUACUUGCAAAUAUGACUGUUAUCGCCAGUCCCACUCCAACUCCCCUGACCAUCCUCAUCACGUCCAAAUUAGAACCUGAUGAUCCUCCCAGCUCACAGAGGGCAUCCUAUUUACAACAGCCUCCAAAGGCAAAAGCUGUGGAAGGGGAGGAUGUGGUGUUUCCCUGUUUUUUACAGAGUGAUGUGGAUGAAGUACAGGCUGUGGAGAAGGUGAGGUGGUAUGUGCAGAGUUUGGAGGGAAGGAAGAAUGUUCUACAAGGCAACAAGACGGUGGAGGAAGAGUUUGCUGGCCGUGUGUUUUUGUCUGGUGAUCUGUCUGAGGGAGAUCUAUCCAUGACACUAAGGAAUAUUUCAGUGGAGGAUCAAGGCCUGUAUUUGUGUGCCUUCAUAUCAACACACUCGACUGUUCUUCAGGGAGGAGGGACCAAACUCAGCAUCCGCAAAGGGCUGGGUAUGAUUGAAGAGUCUGUGGGCACUAUAAUUGGCAUCGCUGUGGCAGUUGUUGGCGUGGCAGCGGGGCUGGCUGCUGUGAUACUGACUCAGUUCAAGGACAAACUGAACUGCCUGCAGAAAUGACAUGCGAGCGACAGCUUUGGAACUUGGAGGUUAAAAGUGCGGGGAGGUUUCAGUAAAGGGCAAAGGUAAAAGUGUACUAACACACAUAUGCUCACACUGCCAAGAACUGACCGCAGUGCAUGAGAGAAUGACUUAAUGGAACAGUGAGGCAUUUAGCUCACCCCAUAUUCUGAAUCAUAAUAUAUAUAAUUACAUAGACAAAUAGAUCCGGUGACCCUCCUCGAACACGUACACGCCCUAUCAGAUCUAACAAUGAUGAAAAAGUGCAGCUGAGUUAUGAACUGUCGAGGUUUUGUGAGCUUGCACUGAUGAGCAUGCAUUUCCUUUGUAAGAAUAAGUACAUGAGCCAUUUGAAAAUGUCGGAUUUCAUGAAUGGUUGUUUUUAUUUCAUCCAGUCUGCUGUGUAUUUAUUUUAAAUCAUAUUUGCAUACAUGCUUUUGCUUUUUAUUGAUUUAUAUGCAUGCACAUAUAUGUUUUCAGCUUUUAAUAGUAUCAUACCAACAUAUGAUAGAUGUUAUUUAGUAGACACUGAUGUAAGUCCUUUGCAUAGCUCAAGUGGAGCAGAUGGACUGUUGAGUGGAUAGAAUGUUUAGCAGAGGCCAUUACGAAGAUAUAUCAAUCAGAAA